GUGUGUGACCGGUGCUGAUGUGAAAAGGCGGGGCCCAUGUCGGAUGUGGAAAUGACGUACGGACGCCGAGUCAUUAUAAUGUGCCAGUGGCGCGCGGACUCUGCUCAAACCUUACACAUUCAUAACUUGAGCCUAGCCUUCCAUUAAGUCAACAGCAACCAUGUUUGAGGCUCGCCUGGUCCAGGGAUCCAUCCUGAAGAAGGUGCUGGAAGCUCUGAAGGAUCUGAUCACAGAGGCCUGCUGGGAUGUCAGCUCGUCGGGUAUCUCUCUGCAAAGCAUGGACUCCUCUCACGUAUCCCUGGUGCAGCUCACCCUCCGUAGCGACGGCUUCGACUCAUACCGCUGCGACAGAAACCUCGCCAUGGGAGUCAAUCUAAGCAGUAUGUCCAAGAUCUUGAAGUGUGCAGGAAAUGAAGAUAUCAUCACACUCAGAGCUGAAGACAAUGCUGACACACUUGCACUUGUCUUUGAGACUAUCAACCAGGAGAAGGUGUCCGACUAUGAGAUGAAGUUGAUGGACCUCGAUGUGGAGCAGUUGGGAAUUCCGGAGCAGGAGUACAGCUGUGUGGUGAAGAUGCCUUCAGGGGAAUUUGCCCGCAUCUGCCGUGACCUCUCUCAGAUCGGCGACGCCGUCAUGAUCUCCUGCGCCAAGGACGGGGUGAAGUUCUCCGCCACUGGAGAGCUGGGGACAGGAAACAUCAAGCUGUCCCAGACCAGCAAUGUAGACAAAGAGGAGGAAGCGGUCACUAUUGAGAUGAACGAGCCUGUUCAGCUGGUCUUCGCCCUCAACUACCUGAACUUCUUCACCAAGGCCACGCCGCUGUCAAAGACGGUCACUCUUAGCAUGUCAGCUGACAUCCCUCUUGUGGUGGAGUACAAGAUUGCCGACAUGGGCCAUGUCAAAUACUACCUGGCACCCAAGAUCGACGAAGAGGCGUCCUAAGUUGUAUGAAAGCCAGCAAAAAGGGAGACCAAUUAGAGAAGCGGGACGAGGGGGGGGGACUUUGGUGAGGCUGGCCCGAGAGCUUCAGUCUUGGAUGACGGGAGUGGUCCAAACAUGCCCCAUUGUUGGAACGUCAGCACUUUUUUUAAGUCCCCACCCUCUCUGGGUUGGUGCCCUGCCUGCCGCAUUCACACCUGCAGUUUAAUUUGUAGAUUUGUAAAUACUUUGUGGUUUCUCAUUGUCAGUCCCCCAGUCGUAUUUGUAUCCGAUGACUUCAUUCCAAAUAAAUAAUCAACCUGUUUGCA